AUGAAAUUUUUAAGUUGCGACUUACCUCGUGACUUGCAUUCAUUGCAUUCGUGUUUUCCGGUAAUGGAACACUUUGCGGUUCGUAUGGAGCUUGAUAUUGCGAACUCAUUUCAUGCGGCAUUCGGUGGUAAUCGCUUGAUCGAUUACCUCAUAGGGGUACCCAUCGAGGGGCUUGUUGAUGGAGCGGUUGGACUCGGCGAUAUGGAUGGUUGUGAGCUGCUCGCUCGCUCGUCGCCAACUAUGUCCAUCGGCAUUUUGCCUUUCAAACACGUCACGUAUCGAUGGCAAAAGUUGUCGCAUAGCUCAUGCACCUAA